AUGAAAUUCAUGUUGUCUUGUUUAGUUCCCGGCGGAGGACAGGGCGGAAUUGGUAAUUUGGCCAAUACCGGCUCACAGCUUCCCGGCGUAGGACAGGGCGGAAUUGGUAAUUUGGCCAAUACUGGCUCACAGCUUCCCGGCGUAGGACAGGGCGGAAUUGGUAAUUUGGCCAAUACUGGCUCACAGCUUCCCGGCGUAGGACAGGGCGGAAUUGGUAAUUUGGCCAAUACUGGCUCACAGCUUCCCGGCGUAGGACAGGGCGGAAUUGGUAAUUUGGCCAAUACUGGCUCACAGCUUCCCGGCGUAGGACAGGGCGGAAUUGGUAAUUUGCCCAAUACUGGCUCACAGCGUGAUGAAACUAACAUAGAGAGGCCGUGUCAAUCAUUCGAUAUUUACUGUAUCAGACGUUACUUCAAAAAGAACAGCAAAUGUCAAGAAGUUUUAGGACCCGUUCCAGAUCCGUACUAUAGAGCCCAGAGUACACUGCAAUUUCCAGUUAUUAAUGCCACAUUCUCAGCCUUUGACGUCCUCUACUCAGGCCUCAACGGAAGGAUAGUUGAAUUCUACAUCAAUAGAGACACAGAUAGAUUGGUGAUAGCUGUUGAGUUCCGGAAUGUGACCUUUUAUUCGAAAGAUGUCUUCUUUAGGUUUUUCCGACGCGCCAAAGAACCGAUUACUACAUUCGACUACCUUUACCAAAACUACCAAUCCUUCAUCACUACCACUAUAAUACCAAAAAUACGAAACCUCCAAUUUGCAAGAAGUAAAACCAACACUUUUACUAACGACGCCGCGCCUUCUUUCAGUAUAGGACCAAAUGCUUUCAAUUAUCCAGAUCCAGCGGUACAGGGAGCCAGAGCGUCGAUAAUUCUCAAAGCAUCUCAGUUAACACGGGAGGCACAGUUGACUGAGGGACCGUUUACUGCUGCAAUCUUUAUCCAAAAUAACAUAUGUAAUUUCCACCUAAAGGUUCUAUAA